AUGGGUGUCGACAAAGAAGGGGCCGUCGUCGAAGGCCAGAUACACUCGGACUCGGAGACUGGAGAACGACGUGCAUCCGCUCCGGGAGAAGUAGGCUACGUGCCCGAAGACAAUCGGGAAACUGAUUUCUUCACGCGUAAUGGGCUCAACCUGCGCAGUUUCCAGCGACGUGACUGGGGCACCGGCAUCGAGCAGCUCGACAGGUCCAUGAAGCCCCGCCAUUUGAACAUGAUCGCCAUGGGAGGGUCAAUUGGUAGUGGUUUCUUCGUCGGAUCUGGCACGGCCUUCACUGCCGGAGGGCCAGGAGCCGUCUUUAUCUGUUUCUGUAUCGCCGGUAUCCUCGUCUUCAAUAUCGUCCACGCCCUAGGAGAACUCGCCGUCAUGUAUCCCAUCUCAGGUGGCAUGUACACCUAUUCCGUUCGCUUCAUUAGUCCUGCCUGGGGCACAGCAAUGGGUUGGAAUUAUGCAUUUGGAUGGUUGGUGGUCAUGCCCCUCGAGCUGACCAUCUGUUCGUUUACCGUUCAGUACUGGAACAAAGACAUCAGCCCUGCGGUGUGGAUCACCAUCUUCUUCGUUUUAAUCGUGGCCAUCAACCUGUUCGGCACCCUUGGGUUUGCGGAAGAAGAGUUCAUUGCGUCCCUUUUCAAACUCAUAGCCACUAUCAUCUUUAUGAUCAUCGCUGUGGUGCUGAUCUGUGGCGGCGGACCCGCGGACGGAAUGUAUCAUGAGUACUGGGGCGCACGGCUGUGGUAUGAUCCUGGAGCGUUUCAGAACGGAUUCCGAGGCUUCUGCGCCGUCUUCGUCACGGCCGCAUUCUCUUUUGGCGGCACAGAACUUGUCGGGCUUGCAGCGGCCGAGGCAAAGAACCCCGGCGAGUCGAUGCCCGGUGCUGUCAAGCAAGUCUUCUGGCGGGUCAGCAUCUUCUACAUUCUCGGGUUGGCCCUGGUGGGCCUCCUGGUCAGCUCGACCGACGAGCGUCUUCUCAGCUUCCAAAACCCUUAUUCCGACGGGGUCUCGAUGUUUGUCAUUGCGGGUAAGAACGCCGGCCUCAAGGGUUUCGACAGCUUUAUGAACGUCCUCAUCCUCGUCUCGGUCGUCUCAAUAUGUGUCUCGAGCGUCUACGCCGGCUCCCGCACCAUAACCAGUCUGGCACAGCAGGGCUAUGCUCCGAAACUCUUCGACUACAUCGAUCGGUCUGGACGGCCGUUGUUUUCGGUCCUGCUGAUUCUCGCCAUGGGGCCCAUCGCCUACAUCGCUCUGGCGUCCUCGGGCAUGCUCGUCUUCACCUGGCUGUAUGCCCUCUGCAGUCUCUGUCUCCUCUUCACCUGGGGCUCCAUCUGCGCCGCCCACAUCCGCUUCCGGGCCGCGUGGGCCAAACAAGGCCGCUCUCCGGAUGCCAUCCCGUACAAGUCUCCUUGCGGUGUGUGGGGAUCUUGGCUCUCGCUGGCCUUGGUCGUCAUCUUCCUGGCCGCCCAGAUCUUCGUCGCCAUCGCGCCUCCCGGCACGACGGAGCUCAAUGACGCCGAAGGAUUCUUCCGCUCCGCCGCCACCCUCCCCGUGAUUUUGUUCUUCUGGAUCGUGGCUUAUCUCAUGAAGCCCCAGGGAUUGGUCAAGCUGGAGGACAUUGAUUUGGAUCUGGGGACUCGCAAGCACGACUGGGACGCCAUCAACGCACAGAGGGCCAAGAUGGCAUCCUGGCCAUGGUGGAGACGGAUCCUCAACGUUAUAUGGUGA